AUGCGUUUCCUCAAUUACCUUUUCUUCAUCGGAAAUGUUGUGACAGGCAGUUACUUGGCUAUCAUUGAGGACACUGACGGCGAGAACAACUGUAGAGUGUGGUCUCAGAAUAACCACGCCUGUACAGGCUACUCAGCAACGUUUGCUAAGCUGGAAGGAAAAGAUUGCUCGAGUUUCAUUGGUGCUGGUUCCGACGAUAAGUCGGUGAAAGUUGAUAUAUGUGGCACUGAAAAUGGAGAGCAGGUUGCUUGGGUGACAGUCAACAAAAACGGCACUGUUUCUUUCCUCAACCGACAGGGAGACACGUCUAGUUGUAUGCUAGAAAACGGUCUUGAAGUACCCAGCGGAUGUAGCGUCGGUAACACAGUUUCCUCUCAGGCGACUACGCCGAUCUCUACAGGCAGUCAGACCUCGUUCUCAACUGCAAUUGGCACUUCCACUUUUGAAACAGCCCGUGCUGAUCUAUCUCCUACCCCGAUAUUCACCCCGACGCCUAAAGACAGUCAAUCUUUGGCUUCAACUUCAGCCAGUGAAUCGGCCACUGAGACACCCCUUGCAGAUCAAUCUCCAACUCCGGUAUUCACAUCUACAUCUACAAAUAGUGAAUCUUUGGCUUCAACUUCAGCCGGUAAAUUUGCCACUGAGACACCCCUUGCAGAGCAAUCUCCAACUCUCACGCCUACCCCGGCAUGCGCAUGCUCUUGCAAAUCUGCAGUCAUCUGA